AUGGCGAUCACCGCGCAAGAUCAUGUUCGGCAACCAGGGACGCCCCUCAAGCCUGUGGCCGUUCGAGCAAAUCUAGAGCGCACACUGGCGGUCGACGACAUUGACGACGUGCAAUGCGACGAGGGCGACGACUUUGUCAGUCGGAGCGAAACACAGCAGCCUCCGAUCGUGAUCGAGGUAGCGCCAGAGAGUGCAAGUGGAUGUGAGACCAGUACCCACGUCUGUCCCAGCAGCGCACUCACGCUCGACGUCGCCCAUGAUCAUUCAGGGUCACCAUCCGACUAUUCAUCACAGGUGCAUUACGGUCGCUCUUCGUUAGGCAACUUUCCGUCAACCAGUCGUAGAUCGAAGGAUGACGACCUUCCUCCCCUCCCCACUCUCGCUUCCCAGAUUCGACCGACUUCAGGCCUUUUCCAGCGUAUCACGUCCAAGCUGCGUUCGCCUACUACGUCCCAGUUUCCAGCCAGUACGCUCAACAUUAACACUACUUCCGCAUUAUCGCCUUCCGGUAAGACGCAGCGAGAUAGGAGUCGUAGUCCCAGUCGUAGCCCCAGUCGAGAUCACACGCGCGCGAGCACUCCAUUCGAUGCCGAUGCCCCACAACCACCGUCUCCUCUCCCGCCUCCCACAAAGCGCAAGCCGGCGCUUUAUCUAGCACUCCCUCGCGCCCCUAUUCCUGGUCCACUUCCAGGCUCGUUCACCUCCGCUGAGCAACGACAAGCCGCACUCCGCGCACGAGGACUCCUCCCACCUUCGCCAUACACUCCGCGUUACCGUGAUGCACAGGGUUAUAUGCUUUCCUUAAGUGAGCAGGAAGCAGAGCUCGAUCGACAUUUUGCUAUCGUUUUGGGUGAACCACGAGGGAGCCGGGACGGUGAGGGUGAGGACGGUGAUUCAGCAGCACAGCGGAUCAAGGAGGCCUGGCUCGCGAAGAAUCGCGAGGGGAACGUGCCUGUUGAUAGGGUAUACGAGGGCCCGAUCACGAAGGGGGUAGAGGCGCCGAAUGCGACGGAGAUGCGUAUUGUGCAGUCGGGCGACGACCACUUGGCCUGUCCCGAAGAGAAGUCCGAACGGGCGACUACCAUGGACGCCAGCUCGCUUGUGGUGAAUACGACCGCGCAGGACUAUAACAGACUCGUGGGGGCCACACAGAUGUCGCCCUCGACGGAGCAACUUGCAAGGAGCUCGAUGGACGCAUUCGUUACCGAACAUGCUCCUUCCUCUCCUCCGCAGAGAAGGCUCCCUGCCAAGCCACGCCGCUCGAGCGACGUUUCUGAGCGAGUCUCGCGAUGGCUACACUCUGCGUUGCCGCGCUCAGCCUCUUCGCCCACGCAGACAUCUUUCAAAGCAGAAGGAGAGAGUACAGGAUUCUUCUCUCGCAAGUCGUCUGACAGGGCACGCCCCAGUGUGACUGUGGUGACACGGCCCGGCGAGCGCAAUGAGAAUGUCGCGCGGCGGCGAAGCGAAGCAAGUGUCGACGGUGUACCUGCUGACCCGUCUGCCAGUACGACCUCACCUGACGAGCCUGCCCCCCCACCAGUCCCAGCGAAGACACGUCGACCUCCACCUCAGCGGAAACUACCACCACCACCAUCGGCGUAUACCCCGCCACCGAUAGAUGGCAAGGAGAGACAAACGUCGCCCGUGGCCAGCCCGCGCGCCUCAAGCUCAAGCUCGUCAUCUGCUCCUGCGGUCGCAAUCGCUGUGUCACUUCCAACUGACUCCAUUACCUCCCGCAUGUCGCCCGACCUCACCGACAGCGAGCACGCGCACGGCGCAAAGGCGCCCCCCGUAGGGCGUGGGCGCUCGACGAGCGUUGCUCAGUCGCAGGCAUCGUCAACGUCGCCACCGCGGUCACACUUGUUCACGCAGUCGCCCGCGCCUCCACAGGCGCCGAGUCAAUCACCAGCACCGCCGUCUCCGUGGCAUCAGUUCACGUACCCUUGGCACCCGCAGAACGCACUAGGCCUGACCGCUGCGCCCGCGCGUCCACCCGCGCCUGAGAGCAGGCGUUCUACCGAUGCGAGGGGCCGCUCGUCGAAGCUUCCUGCACUGUCUCCAACGCGCACUGCAUCGUCUUCUGCACCGUCUGAAGGUGUACCCCCAACACCGACGACACCGUAUGAUGCCAAAAAUAAUGCACGCGCGCGUAGUAGGACACGUCGGCCAAUGGGGCACGCUGCGCACCAUACUGGGGGGGUGAAAGUGGCUGGAGGUGAAGAGACUAGGGGACGUGGUGGGAGUAUGGGCGAUGGCGAGGAAGAUGACGCAGGAUGUAAGGUGAUCGUCGAGAGCCCUAUUGCAGACGAUUCUUCGUCGGAUUGGGAGACACCUGUUAGUGCUGAUCCCGCCCGCAUGCAUGACGAGGCGCAGAAAAUGCGCGAGUUGAUGGCUGCGGCGGAGGGGGAUGUACACCCGCGAGGCCGGAGGAAGAGCCGAGACACGAACAGAAGGCGGUCCAUGACGCUUGGCGUGUUCUCGCGGAAAUCUGUCGUUUCGGAGGAUACACCUGCCCCGCCACCGUUCAAGAAUCCACGCCCAAUGAGCUCGAUGCAGAACCUGCGACGCAGUAUCACAAGCACGCUCACUACUCUCCGUGUCACUCGUCCCAAUCCUUCUGUCAAUCCCUCAGCCGUCCCCCCAUUACCCAUCUCCCCCACAUCCCCUUCGUACGCUGCGUCUCCGACAUCUCCGUACCCCACCUCAGUGCCGCCGACGUCUUUCCCACCUGCUCUGCGGGUCCGGGUUUCGCAAGAGGCCAUAUCACCUGUGGAUUCUAUAGCUCCGCGCAAGUCCACUGUUGGCCAAGGUUUGCGUCCGCGCCAGGCGCUCAGUCCGACGAUGCAUAAUCGCGGCAGCAUCCUGGUUGAGGCCACCCGGAUUGAGGAUGCGGAGAGUCGUCGAUUGAGCGAAAUGGCAUUCCUUGAUUACUGA